AUGCUGUCGAGACUCGUUCACAAUUCAACUGCGCUUCGCAGCAAUCUCGGCUCGUUUCGAAAAUUGUCACUGGCACAGCCAAAAGCGUCAUUGAGCACACUUCGCGUCGAGAAGCAAGACGACGUGGCAAUUGUGAAAAUCGAUUUGCCAAACGCGAAAGAGAAUGUGCUGAAUAAGGCGUUGUCGGCCGACAUGACGUCGACGUUCGAGCAACUCCAAAACGACGAAUCGGUCAAAUCGAUAGUGGUGAUGUCGGCGAAGCCGGGCAGCUUCGUCGCCGGCGCCGACAUUCAAAUGUUGAAAGCGGAAAAAUCGAAGGCGGGCAUCGAGAAGAUCGUCGGCGAUGCGCACGAGCAAUUCUUCAAAAUCGAGAACUCGAAAAAGCCGGUCGUCGCGGCGAUCAUGGGCAGCUGCCUCGGCGGCGGUCUCGAAUUGGCGCUCGCGUGCCACUAUCGAAUCGCCGUCAACGACAAAAAGACGCAGCUCGCGUUUCCCGAGGUGAUGCUCGGCUUGUUGCCGGGCGCCGGCGGCACCCAACGAUUCCCGAAGCUCGCCAGCGUUCAGAACGUGCUCGACAUGACGUUGACCGGCAAACGCGUCAACUCGUCGAAGGCGAAACGCGUCGGUCUCGUCGAUCGCGUCAUCGAGCCGCUCGGCGACGGGCUCGCGCCGGCCGCCGAGAGCACGCACAAAUAUCUCGAGAGCGUCGCCGUGAGCGCCGCCAAAGAUUUGGCGAGCGGCAAACUGAAGGUGAAUCGCGACAAGGGCGUACUCGAGCGAUUCCAGGCGGCGGUGAUGACGAAUCAAUUGUUUCUCGACAACGUCGUACUCAAAAUGGCGCGCGAGAAGGUGAUGAAGCAGACGGCCGGCAACUAUCCGGCGCCGUUGAAAAUUCUCGACGUCAUCCGAACCGCGUACGUCGAUCCGAAGAAUGGCUAUGAGGCGGAGAGGAAGGCGUUCGCCGAACUAUCGCAGACAUAUCAGUCGAAGGCGUUGAUUGGACUGUUCGACGGCUCGACGGACGCGAAAAAGAACAAAUAUGGACCGGGCAAGACGGUCAAGGAAUGCGCUGUUGUUGGCGCGGGACUCAUGGGUGCCGGAAUUGCGAAUGUCUCGAUCGACAAGGCCGUCAAAACGGUGUUGCUCGACGCCAGCGAAGAGGGACUUGCUCGCGGACAAAACCAGAUUGCGACACAUUUGGAUGGACAAGUGAAGAGGAAGAAGAUCAACAAAUUGGAAAGAGAGAGAAUCAACAAUUAUUUGGUGCCGACACUCGACUAUUCGACGAUGAAAAACGCCGAUAUUGUGAUUGAAGCGGUUUUCGAGGAUUUGCCGCUCAAACACAAAGUGAUUAAGCAGAUUGAGAGCGUCGUUGGACCGAACACCAUCAUCGCGUCGAACACGUCGGCGUUGCCGAUCAAGGAUAUCGCUUCGGCGUCGGCGCGUCCCGAAAACGUCAUCGGAAUGCACUAUUUCUCGCCGGUUGAGAAAAUGCAAUUGUUGGAGAUUAUCACGCACGAGGGCACGUCGAAAGAAACGCUCGCCACCGCCGCGCAAUUUGGCCUCAAACAAGGCAAAUUGGUGGUGGUUGUCAAGGAUUGCCCCGGCUUCUUUGUCGUCCGCUGCUUGGGACCAAUGAUGGGCGAACUCGUGCGUCUUCUUCAGGAGGGCGUCAAUCCGACGGAGCUCGACAAGCUCACGACGAAUUUCGGAUUUCCGGUCGGAGCGGCGACACUGGCUGAUGAGGUUGGUCUCGACGUGUGCGAGCAUGUCGCGAAAUUCCUUGGCAAAGCGCUUGGACCGCGUGUGCGCGGCGGCUCCGUCGAGCUGUUGUCGGAGCUCGUCGGCGGCGGCAACAAAGGCAAAAAGAAUGGCAAAGGAAUUUUCGCGUAUGGCGGCGGCAAGAAGGGCUCGAAGAAGGUCAAUGAGGAGGCGUCGAAGCUGCUUCAGAAGUAUCGCGUCGCGCCGGUUGCCAAUUGCUCGUCAGCCGAAGAUCGCCAAUUGCGAUUGGUGUCGAGAUUUGUGAACGAAGCGCUAUUGUGCCUUGAGGAGGGCGUGUUGGCGUCGCCAUCCGAUGGUGACAUCGCUUCGGUGUUUGGCAUCGGAUUCCCGCCAUUCUGGGGCGGACCGUUCCGUUUUGUCGAUUUGUACGGCGCCGACAAACUCGUCGCCCACAUGGACAAAUUUGCCGACGGCUAUCAGAAGGAGCAGUUCACACCAUGCCAAUUGCUUCGCGAUCACGCCAAGAGCGGAAAGAAGUUCUACAAUUAA